AUGAAACGACAGUAUUUCUUCCACUCCACUGGAGCAUAUCGGUGGAUUCGGAGAAGGUGCAAUACCACGAAAGGACUGCGGUCGGCAGCAGGUUGCUCUUGUCGCAUCAAGUCUGUCACACCGAAGAAGAAGAAGAAGAAAAUGGCGACCUCCUUGCUCCUCUUUCGACGACUCCGGACACUUAAGUUGGAGACCUGGGGAAUCCUAAAAAGCCACACUGCGGCUUUGUGCACCACGCAGACUGGAGAGCCCAAAAAGACAGCAGGAAAGACACCGCAUGGUCCAGAUGAAAGAGGAACCCUACUAGCAUACAAGACAGAGGUUGCCUUCCCAGUUAGGGUUUCAAACCACGCAGUUGUUCCAACACAGCAUCUAGGUAUAGCGGCGUCAAUUACACCUGGAGUGGACACAUUGCCUGUCAUUACUCAUUUUGAACCAGCUCUUCCAAAGCAGGAGGUUUUUUCAGAUUCGGUUCCUUCUUUGCAUGCUGCUGUGGUUACAGUUCCACCGGUGGUAGAUGAAGUAUUCACUCCGGCUGCAGCCAUAGAUCAGGCAGCAUCCACCGACACGCCCUCCACUGAAGCUAGUCCCUCCUCAUCGUCCAGUGAAGACUCUGAUUCUGAUUCCGACUCUGAUUCUGACUCAGACUCAGACUCAGAGUCUAAAAACAUCGAAACUGAAACCUCUGUGAAAGCGGCGCCAGAAUUCCCAGAGAAAACACAAGCAAAAUUCCAACAAGCCACAUCAAAAGUGAAGGAAGGGGCUAAUGAAAGUAACAGGUGGGGUUUUCCAGAGGCCAUUAAAGUGUCAUUGCCAACUGAUGCUGCACAUGCAGAACCAUCCAGAAGUACCACAGAGGAUAUUAGUCCUUUGGAAGAGCUAAAGCUGAAUCAAGACUUGUCUGAAGAUGCAUUCAAGAGAAAAGAAUUACCAAAAGCUCAGGCAGGUUCUCCUUCAGAACUAACUGAGGAUGUAGCACCACCCACGCAUCAGCCAAUUGAUGCAAAAGAAUCUACAGUCAAAGCUGUCACUGAGGCUGCAUUUCCAGAACAGGACCCCACUAGUGAUACCCUUGUGGAGACCAUUGAGCCUGUAUGUGCUGAAGCCUCUGCAAAUACUGUAGUCCCCCUUGUAGGAGAUGAAGUAGUCCUUAAAGGAGCCGCUGAAGCUGAAGCCACCAGCGGAACUGCUACAUCACCAGUGAAUGAUGCUGUCCCUUCUGGAGCAGUUAGUGAUGAUGCAGCCUCCACUGUGGAAGGCUCCGCUCCAAUACAGAGUACCAGUGAGCUGUUGGACCCUGUGAGAGAAGAGCUACAGACUGACACCCCAGUUGAACCACCUGAGGAAGCUGCAUCCGUGGCACCUCCUGAACCCGAAGAGGCUUUUGAUAACAGCACUUACAAGAAUAAACAACACCAUGACUACACCCUCUACACCUUUGCAGACCUGGAUGUAGAGAUGGCCAAAUUCCGUCUGCCUCAACCUUCUUCUGGAAGAUUAUCACCUCGACACUAGAAGAACAAAGCUGGGUACGACCAUUGAAUAAAUAUGAAAGAUGAUUGUGUGAACCUAUUACCACAUGAUCAGUAUCUGUUAAAAAGCUAUAAAUGUAUUAACACAUAAAAAAAAUAAAAUGCCAGAUAAAAAUGUAUUGUCAUGAAUAUGCA